AUGGUCACACCACGGAUGGCAUUCGCGGCGCGCGCAACAGACAAUGCAGGCGUGGCAAAUGCCUUGCACGACACCACCAGUUCCUUCCUUGGCCUCACCCAAAGUGUUCGCCUCGCAGGCUGUGCGGCGGCUCCUACUCAAAUCCCAUCGGCCAAGAAAUCGUUCGGAUUGACAGACCUCGACGAAAAUCACCCGCGGUCGAUUCUCAACCAGCAACCCUCAAAUCUUCCGCUGAGCUCCGUUCCAACAAAUGUGGCCGAGUUCCUGUUCGACAUCUACAUAACCAGAAUCAUCCACCAGUACCCCAUUUAUCACUCUGCGGAGGUGAUCGAGUCCUUCCAGGCUCUCUUCGGAAACAACUCUGCAGGUGCAAACUUGGACACGCAGGUGCAGGCUCGAGACGUGUACAUUGUGAGUCUGAUCAUGGCCAUUUCGCUUUCAACAGCGGCAAGAAACAAACAGGCACGUGCCCAGUCUCUGGCGACAGGCCUCUUUCGAAACGCCAUGCUUCAAGUGCCGGCAGUCUUGUCGAAUGACAUGGAGGGCUUGCAGGCACUCCUGCUACUGAUCCAGUACACAUUCUUGAACCCUAGCGUCGCUAAUCUGUGGCUUCUGACGGCUGUGUCGAGCGAGGCAUGUAUCGAUCUCGGUCUCCAUAAGGAGCUUCCAGACAGCUUUGGAAUUGAUCUCCUAGAACGGGAUAUGCGUCGUCGAAUAUUCUGGUGCGCUUGGGAAAUGGAGGUGGCUGUGAGCGCUGGGUUACACCGACCUGUCAGAACACUGAACAAAUACAUCAGUGUCUCGUUCCCGUCCGAGUUCGAAGACCAUGCCAUAUCGAAAACGCACAUUGAUACCUCAGCACUACGAGCCAAAUUCGUGUCGCGCAGAAUCUGGCACUUCCGGCAGGUCGAGUCCGACAUCAUGGCCGUGCUGUAUCAGAACGAGCCAUUGCCAACGAGCUGCGCUUCGCUAGAAGACUGGAUGGCAAAGACAGAAAAGGAGAUACAGGACUGGUUGGAGGAGGCCCAUCAAACAGCAAGACUGAAUCCGGAUCCGUUGGUCAAAUCGCAAUGGGAUGAGAUGGAACUGUAUGCCGACAUUGCAUACAACUACAUCAUCGUCCUCCUUUUCAGUCCGUCGCCAAGAUUGAAGAUCCCGAGUCCUCAGAACUUUAUGAAAGCCUUCACGGCAGGUGUCCGCGUAGCCACGGGCUACUGGGAGCAAGCAAACACCGACUUCGGCUACAUGAAAUAUGUCUUCCACCCAUGUCACCACACUUUUUCAUCCGCCGUCGUGUUUCUGCAGGCGAUCCAAUACUGCAAGAAUGAAAUCGCCGACUUGCAUACCUUGGAGGAAGUCGAAGAGCAGAUGAGAUGCUUCUCACGUUUCUUCUCCACCAUCUCCGAGCGGUGGCCGGCCGCAACGCAGUGCCUCCAGGAAUACGAUCGUCUUCUAGGUCCUAUCAAGCAAGAGUACUCGGAUUUCCUUCUUCAACGAGAACAAAGUACCGCCCACCAAACCUUGCUCCAGGAGUACCCCGUUAGGGACUAUCUCGAUGUUGCGACCGACCGGGUUGAUCCUUUUACUUUUUGGCCGGUCUUCAAUCCGCUCAUCGGCGGAAACGGCACCGAGUCUGCAGACACCUUCACGUACCUACCCUACGACUGGAAUGCAGAAUUCGGGUUUGGGAUGGACCCAACUUUAUCUGGCUGA